UACCAGGCCCUGGUGCAUGCAGCUUCAGCCUUUGAGGUAGAUGUGGUUGUGGUUCUGGAUCAAGAACGACUUUACAAUGAACUGAAACGGGACUUGCCUCACUUCGUGCGUACUGUGCUGCUCCCUAAAUCAGGGGGUGUGGUGGAGCGCUCCAAGGAUUUCCGGCGGGAAUGUAGGGAUAAGUGUAUCCGUGAGUAUUUCUAUGGAUUCCGGGGCUGUUUUUAUCCCCAUGCCUUCAAUGUCAAAUUUUCAGAUGUAAAAAUCUACAAAGUUGGGGCACCCACCAUUCCAGACUCCUGUUUGCCUUUGGGCAUGUCUCAGGAGGACAAUCAGCUGAAGCUAGUACCUGUCACCCCUGGCCGAGAUAUGGUGCACCACCUCCUGAGUGUCAGCACUGCUGAGGGCACAGAGGAGAACCUUUCUGAGACCAGUGUGGCCGGUUUCAUCGUGGUGACCAGUGUGGACCCGGAGCAUCAGGUGUUUACCGUUCUCUCUCCAGCCCCCCGUCCACUGCCUAAGAACUUCCUUCUCAUCAUGGAUAUCCGGUUCAUGGAUCUUAAAUAGAGAUCAGGGAGUCUUGCUGCCUGGGGCAUGGAGAUCUGUGGCCAUCACAGAGACAGAUGGGCUGAAGAGGGAGAGUCUUUUGAGGCCAGGCUGACCAGUAAAUGGUGGACUAGUAAAAAGCAUAUAUUCUACCUCUUAAAACAGGUGGUGGUAACUUAACUACUAAUCUUGAGCCAAAA